AUGACGGUAUGUAAUGAACCUCAAGAAAUACCCAUCAUUUAUCAUUAUGCUCUUCAUUUGAGGCAUCUAAAUGAAAAGCCUUCUGACCAAUUAUAUGGCAGGGCUCAUUCGGCGGUUGAAAAAUUUCAUGAGAUCAGGGAUAGGGGCACUGAUACUCUCUAUACUCCCUAUAAUGGAGAAGGAGGACCGGGCUCGCCAGAGUUCCUGACUACAGAGAAAUUUAGAGAAAGUAUUUUAAAGGCCAGUGCAUUGUCCGGUUUACCCCGGGCCAUCAACUCGCUGAUGAUUCUUAAAGAUACUACGCCGUACAAUUUGAAAAAACACGGUAAGCAGGCAACUAACCGUGCUCCGAUUACUACUUUUGACGAAUACCAGAAAGUCCAGCAGAGAGGAAAGCAAUUUUGGGAUGCCGUAUACAGUAAAGUGAGUCACCGAAUCAUCAAUCAGAUGGCUUCCUCGUAUCCGGAUCUCUGGACAUAUGCGAUUCAGGACGUUUACUCAGAUUUACUUUCUUACUGUGGGGUUUUAAGUCAUGAAGAAACGUCAAUUAUAGUAAUUUCGUCAUUGAUUCCUCAGGAUGUGAAUCCCCAAUUAAAGGGACACCUCAAGGGUGCUCUUCUCAAUGGUGUGGAUAUUGAUGUUCUUAGAGAGACAAGACGAUUGGCUAUACAAUUGAGUGAGUGGUGUGGAAUCAAGUGGAAAAGUGAAGUAGCUGAUUUGACUUGA